GGCAAUCUCGAUCCUUGCGCGUUGUAUUCUUCGAGCGCCGACCUUGAGAAACGUGUGGAACAGAUGUUGAAGAACUUCGGAAGCAUUGGUGGCGGGAGUCACAGGCAUAUCGUGAACCUCGGUCAUGGAAUCUAUCCCGAUGUUGAUCCUGAAAAGGUGACAACUUUUGUAGAAGCCGUGCAUCGACUCACCGCAAAUGAGAAUUACGUUACCAACAAUGUGUCUAACAAAUCUCUCCUACUUGGAAACUCUGAUAAGGUGGAAUGGGUAUCAGGUGAUUUCCCAACUGUCAGUCUCGCUUCCCCCUGCCUACUCAUGAAAUUGGUCUCCAUGACAGUGCCACAUGUUUCCGUGGUGGCAAGUGACGAGAGUCCGACAAGACAGAGACUUACAAUCGGUGCCAUCACCUAUGGAAUCUCCAUGUAUUUAGGCAAACGAACUACUCCAACUGUAAUUACACCUCCCCAACCGAAAGCCUAG